AUGCCACCCACCACAUCAUCUUCCUCAGCCCCCCAUCGCAAAGCCGCUGCUUCCCCAUACCAGAAGAGUGGUAAGCCUAACACUCAUACUCAUACUCGUAAACCAUCGAAAAAGACAAAAGACACCAUUUACGCUCAGAAAGCAGAUGACGACCUUGUUGGGAGAAAUGAGAACCGGAAUGACAAUGGGAAAGGGAAUAUGUUAGUCCUGCAAGUUCAAGUACCCCCUUCACCCACGUCAACCGAUAAGACAUCUCGAAAGAAGAAGAAAAAGAGGAAAUCCAAUGGCUUGGGAGAAGGUACAGGACCAGGUGAAGGUAAACCAUCGAUAGAAGAACGUAUAACAGCAAUGGUAGAAGAAGAUAAGAAACCUUCAAAGAUAUCGAGAAUGCUCGAAGAUAUCAGAGCUCCACCAGCUGAAUCACCUUCGAGUUCACCUGAACCAGGAGUAGACCUUGAAAGUCAACUGGUCGCUCAAAAUGAUGCAGAUAUCGAAAUGGACUCGCAUGAUCACACGCCAAAUGGACCAUUGUCAAAUAUCCCUGAUGAGCACGGAAACAACGCUAUCCCUUCGUCAGUAUCUACGAAACUACCAAUCAUAAAUAAAAAGCAGAAAGAUCAUAUUCGAGGAAAGAAAACGAAGGAAACUCGCCUCGCAUUCCUUGCUGAAUAUCAUGCGAGAAACGAGCAGGAGAUUAUUCAGGAAAAAGAAAGGGAAGAGAGGGAACGAGCGAAUAAAAUAGCUCAAGAGGAAUUGGAAAAAGUCAGAUCCAGGACUGAGGAAGUUAGGAGAGAAGCUGAGAAAGUCAAAAAGGAGAUUGAAGAGUUACAAAAUAGGAAGAAACAGAUGAUAGAAGAAGAAAGUAAAGCAAAAUUGAAAAGUGAAGAAGAACGCAGGAGGAGAACAGAUCAAGAGUUACAGAAAGUAAGGGAAGAGAAGAGGAAGUAUAAGGAUUUGCAAGAUAAGGUUGAUAAUGCUCAGAAUCAGUUGGAUGAGAUGAAAGUGAAUUACGAGAGAGAGAAGAUGAGUAGAACUGAAAAGGAACGAUUGGUGGAGGAGGGUAAAAAGCAGGUAGAAGAAAGUCAGAGGAAGAUUAUCGAGAUUGGAACUACCGUUAAAAAGCAUGAGAACAUCAAAAAUGCCAUCAUCCAUGCUCUUGAGUGUCCGAUCUGCCUGAUCACCAUUGAUGAUCCCCAUGUCUUGUCUUGUGGGCAUAUGGCAUGCAGACAAUGCCUUAUGGAAUGGUUCCGCUCCCCCACUGCACUGAAACAUGAACAUCCAGAAGACAUCACCCCUGAAACAGACCUAUCGUAUCGUACGAAGCUCUGUCAUGUCUGUCGUUCUGUCGUCCUUCGUAAACCCGCGAGAUUAUUCUUCCUCAGGGCUAUCCUCGAACCACUGGGAUUAUUCCAACACAAAGACGUCCCCCCUGCUGGAUCUCAAGACGUUGAUCUGUGGGACAAAUUAUUCCCCGUCGAAUCAUAUACUUAUAAAUUGUAUGAUCCCACGGACGAUACGACUAGAUGCCCCGAGUGCCUAGGAGAGAUUGCUGAUAGUGUAUGUCAAGGGUGUAAUUUGGGAUUCAGUGAUCAAAGUGAUCUAGGGGAAGAUUUGGAUUUGAUCGAUGGAGAGGAAGAAUCGGUUCAUGGGAGUGUGUUGGGUGAUGGAGAUAUCAUCAGAAUUGAUAAUGAUAAUGACGAUGGAUCAUCUACUCCAAGUUCGAGUGAUUCAAGUGAUGUCGAAGACGGGCUGCGAAGACGAGCUGGAACGGACACACCUCGUUCAAGGAGAAAUAGGAACGCUCCUCCACCUCCUCCACCACUCAACAACUUACUCAACAUCUUGACUGCUAUCGAUGAUGAAGCUGAGGAUGAUGAUGGGUCGUAUGGUUCCAGUGAGGACGAGAGAGAGCCAAAUUCGGAAGAUGAGUAUGGAGGGUCAUUCAUCGAUGAUGAUGCGGAAGAGGAAGAAGAGGAGGAUGGAGGAGGAGAUGUAUCUAUGGUGGAUUGUGAUGAAGAAGAGGAGAGUGAAGACGAAGCUCCUAGAAGGAGAAUCAAAACGCGUUCAAGACGAAUCGACCCUGAUGAAGAUGAACGAACAGAGAAUGAGGAAGAUGAGGAAGAAGAUGAUCAACCUGUAUUCAGAGGUAGUCGAUUCAGAAGACAGAGGUCUCAAGUCAUCGCUAUCUCAGAUAGUGAAUAG